AUGUCCUCUGUGGACGUCCAUGUAAUAUUUAGUGUGUGUUGGCCACUGGUUCACCAGGUGCUGUGGCUGCCGUCAGAUCUACGAGCGCUAGUCCAGGAAAUCGAUCCUGACCUCCAGCAGACGUCAGGCAGUCGGCUCCCUCUAGAGGAGCUCCAGAGCAGCCACAUUGUCAAACUCAACCUGCACUACAGCUCCAUGUCCACAGAGCUGACCAGUGAGUUUGCUGCAGUGAACAUCACCACCAACCUGUACGUGAUCAGCCAGCCGUGGCUCUACUCUCUGGCCUGGUGUGCUGGAGUCCAGUCGGUCACCACCAACGCUCCCCAGCUCCUCAGGACCAUGACCUCCCCUCUCUUCCUCAUGAGUCCAGACAGGUACAACCUGAUGUGGAUCCUCACUGAUGUGGUGUCCUUUGUGCUGAUCGGCAUCAUCUUCAUCUUCCACUGGUGGCGAGAGCGAGGACUGUCUUUCUGCUCCAGCAGCAAAACCAUGUUGGACAAUGGCACUUACAGCAAGUUCAAAACCGAGAUGAGUGAUAUUUGGUCAGUCUCUAGCACCAACUCCCAAGCAGAGAAGACACCCAGCCUGGCAACUGUAACUGAACACUAACAUCUGCCUCUGAGAGGUGCUG